AUGGCAUCUCAUCUGUUCUUCUUCAUGCUCUUUCUUUUUCUUUCUCCUCAAGUUCAUUCCAUUUCUUUCCAAAUCAACAACUUUGAUUCCAAUUCCAAUAUAGUUUUUCAUGGAGAUGCAAAACCUAUAAAUGAAUCCAUUAGAUUUAAUGGUGAACUUGGUUGGGCCACUUAUGCCCAAAACCUCCUUCUUUGUGAUCAUACCAAUUUUAAAACCCACUUCUCAUUUUUCAUGAAAAACACCAACAAUAGUAACUCCACUAUUACUCAUAGCAAUAGAUUGGCUUUUUUCCUUGCUCCAUCUGAAUUCAACCCACCACUUAAUUCUUCUUCUUCUUCCUCUGUAGGUCUAUUUAAUUCUACUCAAAACCAAAUCCUUUAUGUUGAAUUUGAAUGGAAUCCCCCAUUUCAACACAUUGGCAUCAACAAUAGCUCAAUUGCUUCAUCAACUUAUUCAACAAAUCAUGAUCAGAAGAAGAAGACCCUUGUUUGGAUUUCUUACAACUCAACUACUAAGAAUCUGAGUGUCUCAUUCAACAACAAUAAUAACAAUUAUACAAUAACUCUUUCUCAUCAAAUCCAUUUGAUGGAGAUUCUUGGCGAAAAUUUGACGAUUGGGUUUGCAGCUGCUUCGGUUGAGGAUCUCAUCAUUGAAUUUUGGGAAUUCAGUUCAAGUAAUUUAGAUGGAGAUGAAGAAAUUAGUGAUGAAAAGGCCAUAGACAUGAAUUUAUUAGCUGUUCUAAUAGCUUGGGUGGGUGUUUUUGUAAUAGCAAUCAUUUCAAUAUUAAUAAUUUCUUUGAUGAGAAUGAAGAAAGAUGAUGAUGAAGAACAUGGGGUGAUGAAAUUGGCUUCAAUUUAUUCUGAUUUGAACAAAGAAGAAGCUUCAAAACCAAGGAGAUUCUCUUACAAAUAUCUUGCUAUGGCCACUGAUAAUUUUGCAGUGAAUAGAAAAUUGGGAGAAGGAGGGUUUGGGGCAGUGUUUGAAGCUCAUUUGCCUGGUGCUAAUAAAACAGUUGCUGUUAAGAAAAUCUUCAAAGGCUCAAUACAAGGAAAGAGAGAGUAUUUAAGUGAAGUCAAGAUUAUUAAUGGGAUGAAGCACAAGAAUUUGGUGAAACUUAUUGGAUGGUGUCAUGAGAAAGAUAAUACUGAGUUUCUUCUUGUCUAUGAGUUCAUGCCUAAUGGUACUCUCCAUUCUCAUCUUUUUGCAAAUCGCCCUCCUCUCCCGUGGCCGCUCAGGUACAAAAUAUCCUUGGGACUGGCAUCUGCCCUACUAUACCUUCACGAAGAACGGGAGCAUAGUGUUGUCCACAGAGAUAUCAAAUCAAGCAAUAUACUACUUGAUUCUGAUUUCACUGCAAAGCUCGGCGACUUCGGAUUAGCGAGGCUCGUAAAACAUGAACUCAACUCGAAAAGACCCGGGUUGGUGGGAACGUUUGGGUACAUGGCUCCGGAGUACAUAAGCAGCGGUCGGGCAAGCAAAGAAUCAGACAUAUUCAGCUAUGGAGUGGUUUUACUUGAGAUUGUGAGUGGAAGAAAGUGUUGUGAUAAUUCAGGAAAGGGACUGAUAGAGUUGGUUUGGGAUGCUUAUGGAAGAGGGGAGCUAGUUGAAGCAAUAUUGGAUAAAAAACUUGGAGAUGGAUUUGUGGAGGAAAGAGAAGUUGAGCGUUUGAGUGUGGUUGGGUUGUGGUGUGCUCAUCCUGAUGCUACUCAAAGGCCAUCCAUUAAGCAAGUGAUUCAAGUUCUUAGUUUUCAAGAGCCAAUGCCUAAUUUACCACUAAAAAUGCCUCUUCCAAUUUUUAAUCAUGCUUCCUCUAAGUUUUAUAAACUCAAUGUUGCAUAUCCAGAAGAAAAUUUGAGCUUGACUUGUACUUUUAGCCCUUUGAGAACAUAG